AUGGCUCACCUCCUGCCUUUUCUGUUUCUGAAAAGUCACCAUUGCCGAAGAUGUGGGGGCGUGUUCUGCAAUAGCUGCACCCAGCAAAGGAUGGUUUUACGUGGACAGGGCGAUUCACCUGUUAGAAUCUGUGAUCCUUGCAAAAAGCUUGAGGAAGCAGCACGCUAUGAAUUGAGAUAUGGACACAAAAAUAUAGCUGCAAGAGCUACCACAAAAGCAACCUCAAAACCAGAAGAUGAAAUUCUAAGUGAAAUUCUUGGAGGUGAUGGAGUGCAGAUCCAGGUUUCUGGCAAGGAAUCUCUGAAUUCUGAGUUUCCUGGGAUAAGUGCAAUCAGUGCCAGUUCCUCCGGAUCCAGUUCGAGAAGAACUACUGCUAAUUUGAGUAUGGACACAAAUGGAGAUGAGAGGCUUUCUGCUGAAGCACAUGAUUUUGACCUCAACAACACUGCAUCUGUUUUUACCCCAGAGGAGUUGCGCCAACAAGCUGUAGAAGAAAAGAAAAGGUACAAAACUUUGAAAUCAGAAGGUAAACCGGAUGAAGCACUGCGGGUUUUCAAGCAUGGCAAAGAACUUGAGAGGCAAGCUGCAGCGCUUGAAUUAGAAUUGAGAAAGAGCCGGAGAAUGGCUACAAGAGCUCCUAAUGUAGCUGCUGCAGUUAGUACCCCAACGACUGAUAGUUUUGAUGAGUCUGAAACAAAAAAGUAUUCAGCUGGGAAAAGGGUCAAGAAAGAAAAGAAUGAUCUUGCCUCUGAGCUUAGAGACCUAGGCUUGUCAGAUGCAGACCUUCGUGAUGAAACGAAGGCAGCCCCUAUGAGUGUGGAAGGAGAGCUGUCACAGCUUCUUAGAGAGGUGGCCCCUAAAUCAUCGGAGGGCAAAAAAACAGGUGGUAUUGAUAAAUCUCAGGUUAAUGCUCUGAAGAGGCAAGCCUUACUGCUGAAGCGGGAAGGUAGACUUGCUGAAGCAAAAGAAGAGCUGAAGAAGGCUAAAAUCUUGGAAAAACAACUAGAGGAACAGGAGAUUCUGGGUGAAGCAGAAGACUCGGAUGAUGAUUUGGCUGCCAUUAUUCGGAACAUGGACGAUGAUAAGCAUGAUGACAUAUGGAUGGAUGAUCCAAACUUGCCUGCUUUUAACUUUGAACAAAUUCUGGGUGCCUCUAAUGAUCUUGCCAUUGAUGGACACUUUGAUGUUACGGAUGAUGACAUGAAUGACCCAGAUAUGGCUGCUGCCCUAAAAUCAUUUGGCUGGAGUGAGGAGGAUGACAAACAAUUGGAACAUCAUGAGCCUGUUUCUUCUUCAAAUCAAGAUGUGCUAAAGGAGCAAGUGCUUGCUCUUAAAAAAGAGGUUGUUGCAAACAGAAGGUCUGGUAAUGUUGCAGAAGCCAUGACCUUGCUUAAGAAGGCAAAACUACUUGAGAAGGAUCUGGAAACUGAAGAGCCAGAAUCAAAGGUUGCUUCUCUAGAGGGACAGAAAACUAUGCUUGCAGAAGAUGUCACUUUUGCAGGGAUGACUGCACGACCUGUAUUGGCACAUAGAAGUAAGCUAGCAAUUCAGAGAGAACUGUUGGCUCUGAAGAAGAAGGCACUAGCUUUGAGGAGGGAAGGGAAGGUGGAUGAGUCUGAGGAAGAGCUGAAGAAAGGUAGCCUUCUAGAAAAACAGCUUGAAGAACUUGAGAAUGCUUCCAAACCACCUGUAGUAAAGGAAACCAGGAGCUUUGCAUCUAAUCCCCCGUACAAGGUUGAACCCCCAAGUCUCAAUCUUGCUGAUGAGGGAUAUGAACCUGAGGUUACAGACAAUGACAUGCAGGAUCCAGCAUUGCUAUCCAUGCUGAAAAAUAUGGGGUGGGAAGAUGUUGAUACUGAUUCUGCAAAAAGAAAUGACAACCCAUCGAUUUGUUCACAUGUAGUUCAUCAGAAAUCAUCAAAAACUAAGGUUCAGCUUCAGAAGGAAUUGCUUGGUAUAAAAAGGAAGGCUCUUGCACUCAGAAGGGAAGGGAAAAACAUAGAAGCCGAGGAGGAACUGGAGAAGGCUAAGGUCUUGGAGCAGCAACUUGCAGAGAUCAACUCGACUGCUAGUCAAGGUGUUACUACUGCUGGACAUCAGAUUGUGGAAAAUAAAUUCGAUGUUCAGCAUGUCUCUAGUAUUGAUGCAACUGUACCCACAUCUUCAGUAACAAAAACAAUGAAAUGGGAUGAUAUAUUGCAGGUGCAUGGAUCUGAACCUGGUAUAUCUGUGGAUAGUCUGGGUGAUUCUCCAAGCAAACUUCAGGUUGAGACAACUGGUUCUAAACAAAUUCAUGUGGCAAAGGAAAGUAGUGAUGGAGCAUCGUCAGCCUUGUGGCCAGCUUAUACUAAUUCUGUGGGAUCUGAAAAAGGGUCACAUUCACCUUCUGAACUACGUGUUCGUAAAGAGCCUCAUAAAACACAUGGAGAUGAUAUUCUUACAGAUGAGAUCUUAUUUCAUAAGAGAAAAGCAGUUGCCUUCAAGAGAGAAGGGAAGAUGGCAGAAGCUAGAGAAGAACUGAAACUGGCAAGACUCUUAGAAAAACGCCUUGAAGGUGCUCAACAAGACAGCAUGGAUGGUGGUGAUAACUCCAUUACUCCUGCUGGGGAACAGAGCACCGUGGUCCAACAACGUGCUAGUUCUGGCGUGGCCUCUGGCCCUCCUGCACAAGAGAGCAAGUCGAUGCAACCUCAAAGGGCAAUGUCCAGCCGAGACCGUCUCAAAAUCCAACGUGAAUCCCUAGCUCACAAGCGCAGCGCCCUCAAGUUGCGGAGAGAAGGAAAGAUUGCAGAAGCAGAUGCAGAAUUUGAACUGGCCAAGGAACUAGAGAGCCAACUGGAAGAGCCAGACAACCAAGGUUCAAGCUCCGGAGGCAAGUCAGGCGAACCAAACGACGCGAUGGUGGAGGAGCUUCUUGAUCCUCAAAUCAUGUCUGCCCUAAAAUCCAUCGGUUGGAGCGACAUGGAUUUAUCCAUGCAAUCUUCUAGUGCACAACCUCCUAAGCCCCUGCUGACUUCAAAAAGUCAGCCUCCACAGAAAGUGGAAGUGAAACCAGCCAUCACAGUGACCAUCAAGCCUCACAGCGAGAGAAGUCAGCUUGAAGAACAGAUCAAGGUGGAGAAACAGAAGGCACUCAACUUGAAGCGGGAAGGGAAGCAGGCGGAGGCCUUGGAGGCCCUUCGCUCAGCAAAGCGACUGGAGAAGAAGUUGUCCUCACUUAGCUAA